UGUACGCACUGGCACUGUCAUAUCUACUUGUUGCAUAAGGAAAGUAGACCGUAGUAGAGUGCCCACCGGAGUCUACCUAACGACAGGGCCAUUGGAUAGUGGCACCGUUGGCACCUGGAGCGAGAGCCAUGGAAGACGGCGGAAAGCGCAGGACCCUUCCUCCCGUGGCCCUACCCCUGCCGGAUUACGGGCGUCCGAACGUCCCCCUGCCGGAUUACGGAAGGCCUAACAUGCCCCUUCAAGAUUACGGACGUCCCAACAUACCAUUGCCGGAUUAUGGGAAGCCUAACAUACCGCCUGGGGAUUAUAAUGGACGGCAUCGGGGUGAUCUGGAUUACAGGCAGGAUGAUCCAUAUCAAAGAAGAAGUCUGGAUGAUGGGUAUGCUAGGACGGGGUAUGCUUCGGGGUAUGACUAUGAGGAAAAUGAUACGGCUUCGAGAGGCGAUUUGAGAGGACCUAGCGAGGGAUAUAGAAGGUCUGUGUCGGACACGGGAUAUGACAGGCCUGCGUCCUACGAGGCAUAUGACAGGUAUGCGUCCUACGAGGCAUAUGACAGGUAUGCGUCCUACGAGGCAUAUGACAGACCUGCGUCCUACGAGGCAUAUGACAGACCUGCGUCCUACAAGGCAUAUGACAGGUCUGUGUCCUACGAGGCAUAUGACAGACCUGCGACCUACGAGGCAUAUGACAGGCCUGCGUCCUACGAGGCACAUAACAGGCCUGCGUCCUACGAGGCAUAUGACAGGACUGCGUCCUACGAGGCGUAUGACAGGCCUGCGUCCUACGAGGCAUAUGAACAGCAUGGCCGAGAUGGCAGGCCAUUAUACCCAGGGCCAUCACACUACCCGCAACGUCCCAGGUCACCUGAAACCCCUAGACCACAUCCUCCUCACGAAAGACCUAGGUCAGCACUCUCUCAUGAAAGUCCUGGGUCAUCCUAUUUUCCUGAAAGUUCUAGGUUAUCCUAUUUUCUUGGAAGUCCUAGGUAACCCUAUUUUCCCGAAAGUCCUAGGUCAUCCCUUUUCCUGAAAAUCAUGGGUCAGCAUAUUCCUGAAAGUCUUGUGCCGCAACAUUUUUUUUUCUUUUCCUGAAAGACCUAAGUCACCAAGCUUUCCUGAAACCCCAACACCCCGGGCUAUACGGCAAGGUCCGAGGGAAAUAGAUAAUCCUGAAGAACUUACACAUUAGUGCAUUUUGUGAGUUAUAAUGUGAUUUAUAAUGCAGGACAUAUGUAAUAUAUUGUACACAGAUUAGUUAGGAA